AUGCCGGAGACCGGGCAGGACGCCCCCAGCAGCCAGGCGCAGCCGCCCCCGCCGCCGCCGCCCGCCAAGGAGUCCCCUUUCUCCAUCAAGAACUUGCUCAAUGGGGACCAUCCCAAGGCGCCCCCCAAGCAGCCCCGCGCGCUCUUCCCGCCCGUGGCCAAGGGGGCUCUGGAGGGGGCCGGCAGCGCCCUCUCGCAGAUGGGAGACCUCGCCUUCCCGCGCUUCGAGAUCCCGGCGCAGAGGUUCGCCCUGCCGGCCCACUACCUGGAGAGGUCUCCUGCCUGGUGGUACCCCUACAGCCUGACCCCCGCCGGAGGCCACCUGCCUAGGCCGGAAGCUUCCCUGGAGAAAUCCCUCCUGAGAGACUCGUCGCCGGCCUCGGCGGGGACGGACCGGGACUCCCCCGAUGAGCCGCUGCUGAAGGCCGAGCGGGAAGCCAAGGAGCUGGACUCCAAGAGCCCGGACGAGAUCAUCCUGGAGGAGAGCGACGCGGAGGAGGCCAAGAAGGAGGAGAGCGGCGCCGAGGACUGGCCCAAGCGGGAGGCCGACGAGGCCGGCGCCGAGAAGAAGCCCUGCCGCAAGAAGAAGACGCGCACCGUCUUCUCCCGCUCGCAGGUCUUCCAGCUGGAGUCCACCUUCGACCUGAAGCGCUACCUGAGCAGCUCCGAGCGGGCCGGCCUGGCCGCCUCCCUCCACCUGACCGAGACGCAGGUCAAGAUCUGGUUCCAGAACCGGCGCAACAAGUGGAAGCGGCAGCUGGCCGCCGAGCUGGAGGCCGCCAACCUGGCGCAGCACCCGGCCCAGCGGGUCGUUCGCGUGCCCAUCCUCUACCACGAGAACUCGCCGGCCGGCGGGGGCGGCGGGGGCCCGGCGGGCGGCGGCGCGCCCGUCAGCCAGCCCCUGCUCACCUUCCCCCACCCGGUCUACUACUCGCACCCCGUGGUCACCUCGGUGCCGCUCCUGCGGCCCGUCUGA